AUAGUCCCGUUAGAUUUUAUGCCUCGAAUCGAUUAAGCGACGGUGUCCAUUUAGCGCGAGCCAGUCUCAGUUAUGCAAAACUGUAUCCAUUUCGUGGCUGCAACGUUACAGCCAAUCAGAAGCGACGGAACAAAAAGAUACUCGAUUGCCCGAAACGACACAAAAGUGAUGGGCUUCGCCGCCGAACUGGAGCGUGUUACUGAGGACUUGGCAGCGCUCUGCCGACGAAGCUUCGGACCUUGUGGAGAGGAGACGCUGCUGUUCCGCCCUCCAGAUGCACCGAUCGUCACAGGCGAAGGAAGCGCUGUUCUGGCGGCGUGGAAGCGCGGGCUCGAUUCAAAUGAUCCGCUGGCGAUCUUCCUGCUUACUGCUGCCAAUGGCGUGCAUCUGCAACUGGGAGACGCGUCUAGUGAAUUUAUUCUGCUGGUGGAUGCGGCUGUGAAGCAUGUAAGUGAGCAGCUGAGAAGAGAACAACAUGUGAGCUUAAUGGGUCGCGCUCGACUGUCGCGAGCUUUUGGUGAGCUGAAGUGGGACCUCCAACGCGAGAUGGAGAGACCAAACAUCAUUUGUGGCUUAAAAUUAGCCGUGCCAAUUCAACUGGAUGCCCAGACAAUGGAGCCGUCGCAUUCGUUUCGAGAUGCCAGUGCUAAUAUUUUGGUUUCUGCUCUCCGUGGGCUACUUGGCGAACAAAUAGUGGAUUUCGUGGUCGACUUAGUGCUCAAAUGGUUAUUCGCUAAGCUGUUUCGCCGUACACAGCAAUUUUUAAAGUGCGCGUCAGAUGCUAUUAUUUCCAUGACUGCACCCUCAGUAUACGCGUCGUACGUGGUUCCAAAUGACGAAUUUAUUCUGAAGAAAUCGGUGGUAGCGUCACAGCCUCCGGGAAUACUCGAUAGGUGUCGAGACACCACUCAGUUUGCAUGCUUCACUUGCCCCCUUUCGCUGUCUGCUGGCUCUAACAACGUCGAGCUCGCAGUGACUACAGACGAAGAAUUUUUCACAGCACACGAUGCGGCGCAUUUAUUCGUCUCGAGGUUUGUACGUCGCCUUCGAGAAAGGCUUUGCGUCCAGCUAAUCAUCAGCGUUGAGGCUCUCGAUGACAGUGUAAUUGCGGCCUGCACACGCCAGGGCAUUGCGUGCGUUCAACUGGCCGAGCCUAAAGAUGUCGAGGCGCUUUGCAUUCGCGCUGGGAUCUUUCCACUCGCUAGUGUCUUCGAUGAUAUCCGACCGACUGACCACAUUGGAGUGUGCACGAACGGAGUGUCUCGAGGGAGAUUCCAGCAACAAGCGUUUCCUCAGCUGUUGCUCCACGCGCCUACAAAAGGAGUCUACAAACAGUAUUAUGCUGCAAUUGUCAAGAGUCUGCGAGUGCUCAGAAGCUGGUGGGAGCCAGCUGAUCACUCCGCUUCGAUAGCUUACAGUUGCAGAGGUGGAGGAGCAACAGAACUAGCUGUGGCACGCUGGCUGCAAGAUAGCCGCAGCACCUUCUCCAGUGACGCCCUGCGUCGUGAUCCAAGUAUGUUUUCGAUGGCGAGAGAAAUUAUGGCCAACGCCCUCAUCGAAGUUGUUAGCAUUCUACGCAACAAUUUGACUGAGACCAGUUCAAGCGGAAAUGAUGAGCGAUCUAACCAGAGGCAGGUUCUCCUGGAUGCUUUCAGUAAUUUGAAUCUCAAGGACCGACAGAAGUUCCCUGGAUAUAUACUCGACUACUCGCGCGUCAUCGAGACACUGGCAGGGCCAAUUCAAAUCCCGGAGCUUGUAGUCGGUGAUCCUGCUACUUUUGGACUUGUGCAUCCGUGGAGACGUAUCGACACGCUCCUGUUUCUCGUCGUACAAACACUAGAGCAGCUACUCCGGAUCGACAAAGUUUUUCCGAUAACAUCUGCACGUACAACAGAAUAG